GCAUUUUCCCAUUACCGCUGAUUAACCCCACAAGCCACAUAGCGAGCGACUCUUUGGAGGUGUUUACUGGAGCCCGCUGUUCACUUCAUCGCUCAGCCGAGACGUCAUUUUCCGCAAUCGCCGCCGCAACCUCCGCUUCCAUUCCAUAACCAUCCACUCAACCGCCAUCUCUUCCGCUGCAACCAUGUUCCGCUCGCUCGGUCGUUUGGCCAACCGCACUGGCGCCGUUCAAAGUGCGAUUCGAUCCUUUGCCGCCGAAGCUGCCCCCGCCGAUGUGAAGGUGCCAACCUCCGUGUUCGGCGUGGCGGGCAAGUACGCGUCGGCGCUGUACGUGUCGGCUGUGAGGGGGCAGCAGGUGGAGGCGGUGGAGAGGGAGAUGAGGGAGCUGGUAACCGUUACGGGCAGCAACCCGACGUUUGCGGCGUUCCUGCGCGACCCGUCGGUGUCCAAGGAGGUGCGCGUGAAGGCGAUCGAGGAGAUCUUCAAGCAGGCGCAGUACUCGCCCAUCACCACCAACUUCCUCACCCUCCUAGCUGACUCGGGGCGGCUGUCCUUCCUGCCCAAGAUAGCGGCCACCUACGAGGACAUCCUCAUGGCGCACCGAGGCCAGGUCAAGGCCACCGUCACCGCCGCCCUCGAGCUGACCCCCGCUGAGCUGGCGGAGGUGCGGGAGGCGCUGGCAGGCAUGCUGUCAGCGGGGCAGACGCUGCAGCUGCAGCAGCGCGUGGACCGCAGCAUCAUCGGGGGCGUGCUCGUGGACAUCGGCGACAAGCACAUUGACUUAUCGAUUCGCUCCAAGAUCCGCCGCAUGGAGAAGGUCCUCACCGAGUCACUGUAGAUGCGGGGCGCUAUGCAGGGAUAUGAUGGUGCUUGCAUGUUUUGUAUGAUUGUGUCGCGCAUGGUGUAGGAGAUGGCUUCACGGAUGUGGAGCAGAUGUGAAGGAUGAAAAUAACAUACGGUAUUGUUUACUGCUAGGAAUGGAGCAUUGUAGUAGGACAUAAUAUUUGUGUGGGCUUAUGUGGCAUUACCAUACCAUGACUAUUGGCCAAUG